GCCAUACUAGUUCCAUAUAGUUCCAUCCGGAACUACCAAACUCUGUUUCGGACCAUGGAGGAGGUUCAAAGACAUAGCGUGCAUACUUUAAUUUUUCGCUCCCUUAAACGUACUCAUGAUAUGUUUGUCUCUAAUCAAGGGAAUUUGCCAGACAUAGAUGAAAAACUAGAGGCAAGAAGAAAAUCCAUUAAAGCUCGAGAUAGUUAUAAACUUGUUUUUGAUCGUGUUGCAAAAGCAGACCAAUCUAAAAAAAUUGUAAAUGGCAUUGUCGGAGGUUCAGGUACUACUGGUGCCAUCCAAGCUCCUGAACCAUUGCUUGCUAUAACUGAUGGCUCUGCCAAUGCCAGAGAUAAUCAUCUGGCUCUAGCGGAAGCGAACAACAAAACUUCAGAUACACCAAUCAACAACUCACUUGUCUUAGCGCCCGGAAUGCGAACGACUAGUGGAACCAGCAAUGUACAACUAAUACCCAAGAAAGCCCCUACAAUACCAAAACCUUCAUGGCAUGCACCUUGGAAAUUGUCUCGUGUCAUAUCUGGUCAUUUGGGUUGGGUACGCUGCAUUGCUGUAGAACCAGGUAAUGAAUGGUUUGCUACAGGCGCCGGCGAUCGAGUUAUUAAAAUUUGGGAUUUGGCUAGUGGUAAGUUGAAAUUGUCUCUUACUGGGCAUGUAAGCACAGUUCGCGGUUUGGCCGUUAGUAGCAAGCAUCCAUAUCUCUUUAGUUGUGGUGAAGAUCGCCAGGUGAAAUGCUGGGAUUUAGAAUAUAACAAAGUGAUACGACAUUAUCACGGUCAUUUGUCAGCCGUCUAUUCUAUGGCACUUCACCCCACUAUCGACAUUUUAGCGACUUCAGGUCGUGAUUCGACAGCGCGAAUAUGGGAUAUGCGUACAAAAGCCAAUAUCCAUACUCUAACUGGUCACACUAAUACCGUUGCCAGUGUUGUGGCGCAAGCUAGUAAUCCUCAAAUUGUCACCGGUUCCCAUGACUCAACAGUACGCCUGUGGGAUUUAGCGGCAGGGAAAAGCGUGUGUACUCUUACCAACCAUAAGAAAUCUGUGCGUAGCGUUGUUUUGCAUCCCUCACUUUAUAUGUUUGCCUCAGCAUCUCCAGAUAAUAUUAAACAGUGGCGCUGUCCAGAAGGUAAUUUUGUUCAAAACAUUUCCGGUCAUAGCGCCAUUGUUAAUUGUAUGGCUGUUAAUCCCGACGGCGUCUUGGUCUCUGGAGGCGACAAUGGUACAAUGUUCUUUUGGGAUUGGCGAACAGGAUAUAACUUUCAACGUUUCCAAGCACCGGUUCAACCAGGAUCUAUGGAUAGUGAAGCUGGUAUAUUUGCAAUGUGUUUUGAUCAAUCCGGUUCGCGACUGAUAACUGCUGAAGCUGAUAAGACCAUUAAAAUCUACAAAGAAGACGACGAGGCAACGGAAGAGUCUCAUCCUGUGAAUUGGAGACCAGAAAUUUUGAAGAGACGCAAAUUCUAAAAUAAGUUUCUUAAGAAUAUUCGAUAUGUACUUUUAUAAUGUCAAUAAACAUAUAACUAAUCAUCAUUUAAGACAAA